AUGGCACGGAGUACCGCAACACGGUCGAAACUUCAGUAUCAUAUCCUGAGAUUGGUCUCUAUUUGCCACGACUUCAUAAUCGCAGCAACGUGUAACCCUACCUCGAUUGACAUCGUCGACGCACAACACCGACCCCACUUGGGCCUUCUAUCGGGCCUGCUUUGUCGUACUCAUUCGUCGCCUAUGACCGAGCCGGUGGUCAAGUCCGCGUCUCCAAAGAACUUGGGCGUGCGUCCUACAGCUUUCAUGUUUAUCGAUGCCAGCAAUGGUGGUAUUAACGCAAAGCCAGACAAGGUCGUCAGGUCUUUUGUAAUGAAGAGCGCUCGCAACAAGAAACCUUGGAGUACAAAGCCUCGGAAUCAAGCUUCGGAGAAUGGUAUAACGGAAACAUCGUUACAGGGACUGCCUUGUCAACCGAAGAGCUGUACAAAACUCAUGCAGACCGGCGGAUCCAACCCUCAACAGCAAUGUUACAACUCACCAAUACCAUGGGAUUUUUCAGUUGUUCUUUCACCUAGUAGUGGGAGUGAUAGCGUGGCUUCCAGUCGGAAUAGCGAUAUGGCACAUGGAAGCCCCGUAUCCAGCUAUGCUAGUCCACGUGCUGAGUGCGAAAACAUCGGCUUCCCAUGCGAUGCUGUACAACACAUAGGUUCAAUAUACCAACCCAGUCCCAGUACUAGGCUCACAGCAUCCUUCAACUGUUUAGCUGUACGCCUUGAUGCAUACACAGAAGGACUGAUUCAUCAAUGUACGCUCAAGUAUCUCCAUGCCUGUGCACUACUGCUGACGGAAACCGUAGUCAUUGAAUUUACGACCCCUAAUCUAUUUCCCAUCGAUCUCUACAAAUCAUCUAGGGAAGCUGCCACGCAUUGGGUCUCUUCAUGUCUCCAGAGUCCGAUCGGCGCUCCUUUCAUUUAUGCCGCACUCACAACAUCAUCGAGAGCCGCGAAUCAUGCCUCCGAGAUCUACAAGUGGCGCGCUGUGUCCGCGGUGAAUGACCUUCUGACCAACGAAAAAUACAGUACCGAUGAUACCACUAUCGCCUCUGUCCUUAUACUUCUCGCUCUUGAGGAAUCAGAUCUUGCGGGGUCAGGGAAAAUGGGCGAGGAUCUAAGAUCGAGUAUAGAGGGGGGCUUGCAGCCCUGUCUGGAAAUCGCUGCCUACAGGUUUGCAUACUCAUGUUCGUUAUGGGCUCAAGGCAAUACAGAGCAAAUGAGGCUAAUCUCAAACAUCAGGCAUAGUAUCGCACAGUCGAUCACCACGUUCAGAAGGCCGUACGCUGUCUUGGACGAUAUCAGCGGCUACUUUGGGCAUUAUGCGACUACUUCAUCUAAUUUCUACAUCACGCCCAGCCACAUAACACGGCAAUGUCAAGAUCUUGGCGUCAAUCGCAUUCUCCUGGAAAUUAUCCACGCCAUUGUCGUCUUUGUUCCAAAUCUCAUCCUGUGGUACGACAGAUCUUCAUGCCUGGUCGACUCAAUUGAGCUUCAAAAGCACGCGAGUCUAUUGAUGUACCGACUCUUCGAUUGGUAUGAUCGAUGUCCGGGAGACGACAGACAUGCCAUGGACCGGAGCAUUUGCCUUGCCCUGCUAAUCUUCAUGACGCAUGCAACCGAGCCAAAGGCAGUACCAUUCGGAUCUCGUCUUGCCAAAGUUGUCGGUAAACUUCACGUAAUCUUUCAAGAGAUCCCGCUGUCAGCAUGGUCGAAUGCUCGCGAUGUUUACCUCUGGGUAAUCACCAUGGGUGCACUUGGUAGCCAAGACCCCUUGAGCAUCAACUCGUCCCUGAGGGUAGAUCCAAUCAUGGUUUUUUUCGCACAAAAAUUUGCGCUUGCAUUUGAAACAGGCACCAUGGAUGUAACAGCAGAAGCAUACAUGAUAGACAAGCUACAUGCGUGCCUCUGGAUCCCAUCUGUGUUCGACGCAAGACUUGUGAACUUGUGGGAAAUAAUGCAGUCAUGUAAUCUGAACAUAUCCGAUGAGUCGAGCACAGGCAGAGAAGGAGAUGGACAUCAUCUCGUCACUAAUGAUUACGCGCUUGGCCAAAGUACUACCAUGCGAUUCUUCGCGAACGAUAGAGCUGGGAAGAAACGCGGCACUCGAACAAUCCCCGUCCUUAUCGCACGAUAUCCUCUUCGAGUCUCUCCAGACUCCAAUAUCUCCCGGCCGAUUUCCCCAAGCUGCCUUACCUUUUCACAACCUCGCCGAGAUGAAGUAUCAUCCUUGCGCGAUACAAAACAACAUGUCAAAUCACACAUCCGCGACAUUGAUAUGCCUGACCAUCGGCCGGAUUCGUCAAUCUCCAGCGGGAUCCCAUCAACAUUUUGGUCUGAUCACCCAUCUCGCCCCCCUCACAGCUUAUUGGUACGACAGCCCACACGUCGACCGAGUGCACGACCUGCAGCAGAAUUCGCAUCACCACCCAGGGAUAUGGAAACGAAUGCCUACCGCAGACUUGUAGAAGCAAAGGAUAUCAGGGACACAGAGCUGUGCUAG